GAUACUUGAUUUGAAAAAAAAAUACAAUUCAACUUGUUUCAGUUCAAUCCAAUAUUUUUCAGUUGUGGAAGCAGGCGACCAAAGUGGCCUGUGAAGAAAUAAAUAAGAGAUUGGAGCCAAUAAGGGCUGAAAUGCCAGACGCUACGUGGGAAGAGGUGGUUCAUGCGGCUACCAUCAAACACGUUGAUUUACAUGCCAGCUGCUUAUACAAAUCGGGGGACAUACCAAACUAUGAUGUGAAUGCAGCUUGUGUGGUGGAAAUUGAGAUUGAUGUUCUGACUGGUGAGAAACAGAUAAUACGCUGCGACAUCCUGGAAGACGCCGGAAAAAGUUUGAAUCCACAAGUUGACAUCGGACAGAUUGAAGGUGCCUACGUCAUGGGUCUCGGCUACUAUCUCACUGAGCAGAUUGUUUUCGAUCCGGAUACUGGCAAACUGCUUACUGACCGAACCUGGACAUACAAGCCACCCGGAGCCAAAGACAUUCCAAUUGAUUUUCGAAUAACUUUGCUGAAGAAUGCUGGUAAUCCAGGAGGAGUUUUCAGGUCAAAAGCUACCGGAGAGCCAGCCAUUAAUUUGAGUGUGAAUGCCACGUUUGCGAUUCGCAGAGCUUUGGAAUCAGCUCGUAAGGAUGCCGGCUCCACUGAGGAAUGGUUUACAUUGAAGAACCCAGUUACUUGUGAAAGAGUCUGGCUGGAGGGAUCAACAGCAAUGAAAGAUAUGAUUAUUUAAAGUAGGUUAUCAUUUUUAAUCUUAAGUAUCUCAUAAUAUUCUAUUUCAAUUUAUAAUUUAUCUAAUCAAAGGCUUUCUGCAAUAGAUAUGGAUAUUAUUACAAAUCAUAUUAAUGUAUUAAUUAAUAAUUUCAAUAUAUAUUUUAAUCGAAUUUAAUUUUCCAAUUCAAACGUAAGUUUUGAUGGCUUUAAAAGUGACCUUUUACUAUUUUCUUUCAUUGUCAUCUAGUGUCUAGUGAUUGCAAUUAUUUGAUUUUUUUUCAAGUCUCAUUGAACAAAUUACAUUGACAGUUUUUAAUGUAAUAAAUAAAGUCCGUCUAUAAUGU